AUGACGAUCUCCUACGAUGAGGAGUUCUCCGGCCUUAUGCUCCGGUGGCGCGGAUCGCUCUGGAAGGCCGUGCUAAAGGACAUGAUCGCCUUCUACAUUGCCUACUACAUCAUUCUCACCUUCCAGUACUACUUUUUGGAUGAGAAGGGCAAAGAGUACUUUACCGGCUGGAUCAACUGGUGCGAGAUUGGGUCUCAAUAUAUUCCGCUGUCAUUCCUCCUCGGUUUCUUCGUGUCGGUCAUCGUUGCCAGAUGGUGGGAGCAAUUCAAUUGGAUCUCAUGGCCCGACAAAAUGAUGAUGAUGGUUGCUGCCUGUUUGCCUGGACGCGAAAACCUUGCCGUGCGCGAGGCCAUCGCCCGCUGGAGCAGCUUGCAGGCUGCCAUUGCAUGGUCUGGAAUUUCGGUGCGCACGCUGAAGCGUUUCCCCACCGAGCGUCACUACGUUGAUGCGAAUCUGAUGACCGAGCAGGAGUACGACCUGUUUAUGAAUCUCGAGGCGCCCCAUGGAAAAUGGUUCGUGCCAAUCGUGUGGAUCCUGAACCUGAUCAAGCGGUGCCACAAGGAGAAGCGCAUCGAUACCAUCCAGCUUGACAUGCUGCUCAAGCAGCUAUACUCCUACCGUGACGGGUUCGCCAUGUUGUUCGUCUACGACUGGGUGAAGAUCCCGCUCGUCUACACCCAGGUGGUGGCGAUCGCCACGUACGGCUACUUCUUCAUCUGCCUGCUUGGCCGACAGCCAAAACUCGACCAGAAGAGUAUGGAGAAGGAAGUGACCAUUCUGUUCCCGAUUUUCACGACUUUUCAGAUGUUGUUCUACCUGGGUUGGUUGAAGGUCGGACAGUACUUGAUGAACCCUUUCGGCGAGGAUGACGACGAUUUUGAGCUGAACUACGUGUUGGACCGAAACACAUGCAUCGCCCACAUGAUGGCCACCGAGUUGGCCGAUCAACUUCCCGACGUCGGAGGGCUGAAUAUGCACCCGAUCAUUCCGCACACAAGAGCCUCCUUCAAGAUACAGGACGUCAUCCCGAAAUCGCAUCUGGCCGCGUUCCGGCUGAGCGAGAACGAGAUGCAGCUGAUCCGGCCGGAAGUGCUGGAUGAAGAGGCUCGCCUGAUCGAAGAGGAGAAAAAAGGACAGCGACUUCGGCUGGGUGGACUUGUCAGAGCCAUAGAUAAAAAGCGGCACUCGAAAAACGACACGAUCGACGAGCAACAAGAGUUGACAACCGAGGAUGACAGUAGCUCAAAGGACAAG